AUGGGGAUUGGAUUACAUUCACCCUCAGACACCCUGACUGCACGUUCAUCUCCUGACCAAGAAGAUGAAGCUCCUUUCAACACAGGAGUGUUCUGGAGCAGAUGUGAUGUUUCUGGAGAGGUUUCCGAUUCAUCUUCUGUAAAAAUAGAAUCUUGCCAUUUCGGUUCUAUCAUAGUGACAUAUUGGACAUCCUUGAAUGUGGCUGCACAAAUAGUAGAUUAUGAUCAGAUAAAACAGUUUAAGAAAUUUCUUAGAACCUAUAAUAAACUUACAAAAAUAUGCUUUUUGGACAGCAUUAAAGAUUUUACAGGGAACCAAGUAAAACCUGAAGAGACCACCUGUUCAGAGCACUGAUUACAGAAGUAACUAAAAAUUACAAAAAGAAUAUUCACAAGAUUUAUGGAAUAUCAUAUUAAGCAAAAUAAAGCCUUGGCAACCCAAACAGGACUCAUUGACUAA